AUGGCCUCUUCCGAGCCUACCGUAGGUGGAAGGCAGAAAACCGUUGCCGAGUCUUUAAGAGGGGCAACAAGGACGCUUCACAAGGAGCUCAAUAGGCUUAUUGUCUCUCGGCUCCCGCUCGCGCUUCCACCCCAAACAGUGGACCCUUCCGUUUACGCCUCCGGGAUCCUUCAUAUCGCCCCCGUUUACAUUACUUUCGAGUCUCUCUGGCUAGAGAUCAAUGAAGGCCUCGCAAACCAGAUCCCCGCCACUAACACCGCUGGUCAGACUAUCCCGCAGGACCCAGAGCCCCUCGCAGGCGGUGGCUCAACCUCUUCUCCCCUGCCAGGAUCAGGACUUCCCGGGAGCGCCAGAGUCUCUGAAACAGUCAAGACUUUGCUAAGAAACCUCUACGUCCCUGGGCUGUCACGCUCUGAGGCUCUGAAAAGCGAUCUGCGGCAACUGACGGGAUGGUCUACCGAAGAAGUGGAGGAACAGCUGCAACACAUUUCGUCAACUGGCGCCCUUCAAAAGUUCACUGCCAUUAUCCAGCAGUCGAUCCGCGACAAACCCCAUGUACUGGUUGCCUACACUUACAUCCUUUACAUGGCUUUGUUUGCCGGCGGUCGGUUUAUCAGGGCUUCCCUCGAAUCUGCCGGGGACGAGUUUUGGGAUCUUCCCCUCAACUUUUUCCAUUUCAACACUCCUCGUGACGGCGAGGAUAUUAAAGAGGAGUUCAAACAACACUUGUCGGAUGCCGAAUCGAUGCUGACAAGACUGGAGAUUGAUGACAUGGUGCAUGAGGCCGUGGUCAUCUUUGAAGAAAUGCAUGCUGUUGUUCACCAGCUUGAUGAGCGUUUUACUCCCUUGGAUGCCCGAGAUGGACCUCUCUUUGCGUUGCCAUCCGAACCACACCGAAGCAGGGCGGCUAUCACCAAGCAGCGUAGCGAACAGGAAGCAGCUCGGGGUGGUCACGAUUCUUACGGCUACAGUCACGACGAUUUGGAGUCCAAGAUUGUCAUUCCACACACUCCGAAAAAGAAGACUGGUCGGUCAAGUGAGGACAGCAGCUCAUCCACAAGAUCUGUCCGUUUUGUGGAACAGACUCCACCAUCAGAGAAGAGAAAGCGAGGCUUUAGUUUUGACGGCCAAGACGACGACACGCUCGGGACCUGGGUCAGGAGUGAAGACUCGAUUCUCCGGACGCUGUUGUUGGUGCUGGCCUAUGCAGCUGCUCUGAUGGGCUUUGGCCUUAUUGCUGCCAUCACGAUCACGAGCUGGUGGAAAGGGAAGCCAGGGUCCACGACGGCCGCGGCGAUGGUGGCUGUUGAGGCUGUUGCCGAAGCCGUGGUGGGUAGGAACGACAUGGGUCUGUGA